AUGUUGGAAUAUGAAAAAAGUGGAGAAUUAAAGACCAAAUCCAUAGACUUGCUUGAUCUCAGUCCUAGUACUGACGUCAAGACCUUAGUAGAUGAGAUCCGGAAAGCAGAACCUCUGAUCACAGUGUCACGAACUGACCAAAUAAAACUGCUAAUACAGAGGUUACAGUGUAAACUUGGGCAGCACAAGGACCCCAAUUUCUAUCUUUUCAAGGUCCUCAGAGCACACAUACUGCCACUGACUAAUGUUGCCCUUAACAAGUCCGGCUCAUGCUUUAUCACAGGAAGCUACGACCGGACAUGCAAGCUCUGGGACACCAGUUCUGGAGAGGAGCUUCACACACUGGAGGGCCACAGGAACGUGGUCUAUGCCAUCGCCUUCAACAACCCCUACGGUGAUAAAAUUGCCACUGGUUCCUUUGAUAAGACAUGCAAACUAUGGAGUGUAGAGACAGGAAAAUGUUAUCAUACCUUCCGGGGUCAUACAGCAGAAAUAGUGUGCUUAUCAUUUAACCCCCAAAGCACGCUGGUGGCUACAGGAAGUAUGGAUACAACAGCCAAACUGUGGGACAUCCAGAAGGGAGAGAACGUGUUCACUUUGACGGGACAUUCAGCAGAAAUUAUUUCCUUGUCGUUCAACACAGCAGGGAACAGAAUCAUCACUGGCUCUUUUGACCACACCGUCUCAGUGUGGGAUGCAGAGACUGGGAGGAAGGUGUAUACCUUAAUUGGCCACUGCGCUGAGAUUAGCAGUGCUCUGUUCAACUGGGACUGCAGUUUAAUAUUAACUGGCUCCAUGGACAAAACCUGCAUGCUGUGGGAUACUGCAGAUGGAAAAUGUGUGGCAACAUUAACAGGCCAUGAUGAUGAAAUUCUGGAUAGCUGUUUUGAUUUCACUGGGAAGUUUAUUGCAACGGCAUCAGCUGAUGGAACAGCAAGAGUUUUCAGUGCAGUGACAAAAAAAUGCAUCGCCAAACUGGAAGGGCAUGAAGGGGAAAUUUCAAAGAUUUCGUUCAACCCCCAAGGGAACCAUCUCCUAACUGGCAGCUCUGACAAAACAGCGAGGGUCUGGGAUGCUCACACUGGCCAAUGCCUCCAGAUUCUCAAAGGGCACACGGAUGAGAUCUUUUCAUGUGCUUUCAACUAUAAAGGCGAUAUUGUCAUCACAGGCAGCAAGGAUAACACCUGUCGGAUAUGGCGCUGA